CGGCGCUCUCUAAGUAUCCUGUAAGUGAACCGCACACGAGUGACAGGUUCAGUAAACCAAUGCCUUGCAGCAGAAUGUAUUGAUUAUCCAAUGAGCGCGUGGGAGGGAAUUUGGUCCGUUGGCAAGAAGACUGGAGGAAUGGAACCUGAGCAGCCUCCUGACCCUAGCAGGAGGACGGGCAUUCAGCCUGAAGGGCUGGCCCUGGGACGCAGCAGAAGCCUUGUGGUCGCUACAGAAGGACCUGAGACAGGAAGAGGCAGAGCUUUCACCUUUCCUGGUGAUACCCUGCACGGACGAGGGAUAACUCUUGGACGAGCUAGAGGGCUGCCGGUGCAGCCUGAUGAUGGACGUAUUGGCCGUUCCAGGGGGCUGCUCCUCCAAGCACCUGAAUCUACAGUAGGUUUGGCAAGAGGUGCAAUAUUGCCUGGUACGGAGCCACAGCAUGGACAGAUACCUCCGUGUGAGUCUAUGAUGCAAGGCUUCAUGCAAGAGAGGAGGACAGGAGAGGUUGAUAUGCCCACCCAUAGCCAAGGAUCAGCACUGGUGUCAAUGUUCAGAGGAAUGGGAGUUGAGCCUUCCUCAUGGGGAAGAGGAACAGUACCAGUAGGGGGAGGAGCAACAAGAAAAAUAGGAGAAUCAAAGUUGCCUGCUGCCCCAUUAGAUGUUAAGAGCAGCCCAGAGCGCCUUAGUCAACCUGAAGGAGUGAUGGGCAGAGGAAGCAGCUUGUCCCCUCAGGUAAUGCUAGGGAUUGGAAGAGCAGCGAUGCCACAACUUGGAGUAGGAAGCGGACGUGCUUUGCUUCCAUCUUUGUCGCUACCCCCUGAACCACAGGCAAAGCUUUCUGAAACAGAAUCCAUUCCAACAAGACCCAUUGUUCAAGAUGUCCUGGAGCAGGUUGCAUUAGAAAAAAUGGAGACAGUUUGUAAACCACCUAAUAAGACUGGAACAAAGGGAGAACCUAUAUAUAUUUGCUCAAACUACGUCCCAGUAUUCUGCAAGAAUGAAGCCGUUUAUCAGUACCAUGUCACAUUCAGUCCAAAUGUUGAAUCAAUGGCGAUGCGUUUUGGCAUGAUGAAGGAUCACCGUUCGACCACAGGAGAAGUAGUGGCUUUUGAUGGUUCUAUACUGUACCUGCCUGUUAAGUUGGAUGAUGUGGUUAUUGUGCAGAGUGUGAGACGGACUGACAAUGAGGAUGUAAAGAUCAAGAUCCAAAUGACAAGGGUCUUACCACCCAGCUCUGAUCUUUGCAUUCCCUUCUAUAAUGUAGUCCUUCGGAGGGUGAUGAAAAAUAUUGGAUUAAAGCUGGUGGGCCGUAACCAUUACGACCCAGAAAAUGCAGUAAUUCUUGGAAAACACAGGCUUCAAGUGUGGCCAGGUUAUUCAACCACUGUCAAGUGCACAGAUGGAGGCCUCCACCUGUGUGUGGAUGUUCGUCACAAGGUUUUGCGAAAUGACUCUGUGCUAAAUGUCAUGAACGUACUGUAUCAACAGAGCAAAGAAAACUUUCAAGACGAAUGUACCAAAGAGCUGAUUGGCAGCAUCAUCAUUACACGCUACAAUAACCGCACCUAUCGCAUUGAUGGAAUUGAGUGGAGCAAGUCACCAAAUGACACAUUCACUUUGAUGGAUGGGACAAAAACCACCUUUGUGGACUACUACAGUAAAAACUAUGGGAUUGCAAUCAAAGAGAUGGACCAACCACUGCUACUGCAUCGACCAAAGGAGAGAUCCAAGCCAGGAGGGAAGCAAAUGAAUACUGGAGAGAUUCUACUGGUGCCAGAGCUUUCUUUCAUGACAGGGAUCCCUGAAAAAAUGAGAAAGGACUUCAGAGCUAUGAAGGACCUGACCAUGCACAUCAACUUGAGCAGUGAGCAGCACACCUUCUUAAUUAAACAGCUCCUGAAGAACAUCUGUGCCAGCCCUGAGAGUCUGAAGGCGCUCAGUAGAUGGGGACUGGAGAUUGGCACAGAGUUGGUAAAGUUAAAAGGAAGAACUCUUCCCCAUGAAACCAUUUGUCUGCAGACUUCAUCUUUUUUCACCAGUGCUGAUGUAAGCUGGUCCAAAGAGGUUGUCAGGGAUGCUUCCAUCAGCUCUAUUCCCUUACACACCUGGGCCAUCUUCUACCCUCGCCGCUGUGCUGAACAAGCUGAAGAGCUAGUCUCCACCCUCAAUAAGGUGGCUGUGCCUACUGGGAUGCGGCUGAAGCGACCUAUUUGUGUAGAGCUGAGAGAUGAUCAUACUGAGAAUUACAUCAAGAGCAUUCACACUCAGCUUACUAGUGAGCCCCAUAUGCAGCUUGUUGUUUGCAUCAUUGUCGGCAACAAAGAGGAUCUCUACAAUGCUAUCAAAAAGCUGUGCUGUGUUAGAAACCCUAUCCCAUCUCAGGUUAUCAAUAUCCGGACAAUUUCCCAGCAACAGAAGUUGAGGAGUAUAGCAAAGAUACUCCUACAGAUGAACAGCAAGUUAGGAGGAGAGCUGUGGAGUGUCAACAUCCCCCUGAAACACUUGAUGGUUGUUGGAGUAGAUGUCCACCAUGACACUAGCAAGUCACGACAGUCAGUCAUGGGCUUUGUGGCCAGUGUGAAUAGUUCACUGACCCAGUGGUACUCUAGAGUCACUUUUCAGACACCUUCCGAGGAAAUUAUUGAUGGCUUCAGAGUUUGCUUACUGGCUGCGCUGCAGAAAUACUUUGAGGUAAAUCACAGCUUGCCAGAAAAGAUAGUGGUAUAUCGCGAUGGUGUGUCUGAGGGCCAGCUAAAGAUGGUGGAAGAGUACGAAAUCCCACAGCUGAUCAAGUGCUUUGAGACCUUCCCUAACUAUGAGCCAAAGCUGGUAUUCAUUGUGGUUCAAAAGCGCAUCAACACCACCCUCUACUCCUGUACUUCAAACAACUUUGGCACCCCUCCACCUGGAACUGUGGUGGAUCACACCCUUACUCAGAAUAAGUGGGUGGACUUUUUUCUGAUGGCACACCAUAUUGUCCAGGGCUGUGGACUUCCUACACACUACAUCUCAUUGUACAACACAACAAACCUCACACCAGACCAUUUGCAAAGGUUAACCUUCAAGAUGUGCCAUUUAUAUUGGAACUGGCCAGGCACUAUUCGUGUUCCAGCACCAUGCAAGUAUGCUCACAAACUGGCUUUCCUCUCUGGCCAGAGCCUCCACUCAGAACCAGCUAUCCAGCUUUCUGACAAGCUCUUUUUUCUUUGAGUUUUGAGAAAACCAUGUUUGUUUUAUAUCCUACCCACUCGUCAGUGAAGUUCUUUAUCCUUGGAAUGUAAACUGGUAAAUAAUGCCAGUGUAUUAGUCUGGUUUGUAAGUGUUAGUCUUAGAACAGUAGUUACAGUUCAAAUAAACACUAUUGUCCUGAAUUUUCAGGUUUAAACUGAAGUAGGGUUUGUCAUUUACCAUAACUAUUGUCACUUUUGAGCUCUACAGUACUUUGUGAUUUUGAGUUUCACGCAGAUGCCUUUUUAUCAACUUGAAUCUGUAGUCAACGCUAUUGGUUAUAAGCAUUGUGGAUUUAAUUUACAGCAUGCAAUUGUAAUCAAUAAUUAUUUGCAGUAAUAAAAGUCUCCACCCCC